AUUAGAAUAACAGCCUAUAUAUCCCGUAUCUAGUAGUAUACCCCCACGUAACGACGUCCCUCAAGGUCACAUUGAAACUCAGAGGUGGAGGCGGGGAGAGUUGUGCUCCGUACGGAGAUAAAGAUUACCUAGGCUAUGAUAAUGAGCAUCUUCACGUCCCCCUCAUACUCAUAGUCUAGUUGAGAGAGAUACGCAUACGAUGGAGUUUAAAGGACAAAAACUGCCGCCUACCCCUAAGUUAGGCGACACCGCCAUCGUAGACGAGAAGCCUCUUAUAGUCGAACAAGAAAGCGAACCUCAUACCCAUGCGAGAAUUAAGAUGGAUCCUAAGGAGAAAGCCUUGGUGCGCAAGCUUGACCUCUAUAUAAUGCCAACCAUCUGUGUCAUGUACUUCCUUAACUACGUUGAUCGUAACGCCAUCGCACAAGCUCGUCUAAAUCACUUCGAGCGCGAUCUCAACAUGGCAGGUAAUGAAUUCAAUACUGCAGUCAGCAUCCUCUUCGUCGGAUACGUACUCAUGCAGGUACCGAGCAACAUGUUGAUUACACGCAUCAAGCCCGGAAUCUAUAUGUCUGGGUGUAUGUUUGUCUGGGCCGUGGUGUCUACAUGUACAGCUGCUGUCAAGAAUUAUAGAGGCCUCGUAGCUAGCAGGUUCUUCUUGGGAAUCGCAGAGGCACCGUUCUACCCCGGCGCCACGUACAUUCUGGCGAUUUAUUAUACGCAUAGUGAGAUGGCCACACGCGUCGGCCUCAUGUAUUGCGGACAACUCCUCGCAACCGGGGUCACUGGCUUAAUCUCGGCCGGUGUCUUCGCCGGGAUGGAUGGGCUUCGAGGAUUAGCAGGUUGGCAGUGGCUCUUCCUCGUCGAAGGCGCCUUCACCGCAUUCGUCGCCGUGCUCGGAUUUUGGCUUCUACCAAACACGCCAGACGACACACAUUGGCUGAGUGCCGAGGAGCGCAAGUUAGUACGGGCUCGUAUAGAGCGCGACAGGAUUAGCGAUGCCCUCGGCGAGGCCAGUGCAUGGGAUGGCCUCAAGCAGGCUUUCGGAGACAAGAGGACAUGGCUCUUUUGCUUUAUGCAAAUGUUCCAUCUGUCGGCUUGUUCUUUUAAUGCUUUCUUUCCGACUGUCGCCAAGACGCUCGGAUAUAACACCACAGUAACGCUCCUAUUGACAUGCCCGCCGUUCGUACUCGCAGGAGCUGGCAGCACUAUAGUUGGUUGGAGUUCCGGGAGACUAAACGAGAGGACGCGGCAUAUCACUAUCACACUAUCCAUCGCAAUCGUUGGAUUCAUCAUAGCAGCCAGCACGCUUAACACGGCGGCACGUUAUGUUGCCUGUUUCAUUUUCCCCGUCGGCGCUUUCUCUGCCAACUCCGUCGUUGUCGGCUGGGCGUCAUCGACCCUAAGCCAGACAGAAGAGAAGAGAGCCGUCGUUCUUGCGAUAACCAAUGUCUUUGGUCAUAUCGGAUAUAUAUACGGUGCGUAUCUAUGGCCAGAUAGCGAUGAACCUCGAUACGGUAUUGGCUUCGGGGCUUCCGCAGGCUUCGCGCUCCUUUCUAUAUGUUGCGCUUGGGUAGUCCGCAUGUUGCUGAUUCAGGAAAACAAGAAGAUCCGAGCAUCGACUACGGGGAAUGUGAACGUGUACAGCUACUAGAAAAUGUAUAAGAACUUUAUGUUAAUUAUAAACUUCAUAAUACGAAGC